AGCAGCGGAACGAAGCCCUUCAGCAGCAACCCAACAAGAAGGGAAGCAACCCAACCAAACCCCACUCCUAAACUACCAAACCAACCCCUUCUUCUUUCGCUCUCACAGGUACUGCUACCUAAUGCCACUUACUUACAAGGAUAGAAAAUGAUACUACUUGCUUUUGCUUGAUACGAGGUUGGUAGGAGCUUGGCUUGCCUUGACGAUGGCGGAAUCAAACUCAGUUGAUGUGAUUUUGGACUUUCUCAAGAGGAAUCGAUUCACUAGAGCUGAGGCUGCUCUGCGCAGUGAGAUUAAUAAUCGUCCUGACUUGAAUGGCUUUCUACAGAAGCUUACAUUGGAAGAAAAAGCCUUACGAGAUGCGCCUCAAAAUAGUAAGGGAAAGCCCGUGCUUGAGGUUCAAGGGGUAGAAUCUCAUGAUGGUGUUGAAGUUUCUAAAGAACUGAUUGUGAAAGAAAUAGAGUGUGGGACUGGUCGAAACGCCACUGAAAGCAAAUGGAAAGCUACUGUUCCUUCUGCGGUGGAAAGGAAUAAGUCGAAGGAAGUGGUUGGGGCAAGUGAAAAGAACUUCACUUUCUCUAAGAGUUCGGAGGAUGGUCCCCUUGAUUUAUAUUCAUGGAAGUUUAACCCCAGUAAUGGUCCCUUGGAGCCUUACCAAAAUGAUGGUGGUAGUAGGGCUAAUAAUACUUUGAAGACCUCUGUAUCUCAACAAUCAAAAUAUCAAACUAAUGAAGGUGUUGAUGCAAUUGCAGCCAGUACCAAUUCAAAGUUUGGGGAGGAGAAUGCCAUGCUUGCUAAUAACAAAUCCUUGUGGCCUGAAAGUAGUAGUAAAGCCCUUGUGGAUCCUAAGUAUGACCUCGUGCAAAGCAAAGAACCCAGGGAACUUGAUUGGCAGCUUAAAUUCAAUGAUUCAUCUCUUAAAGUGAACUUUACAGAUAAUCCCUGGUCAAGAACAGAUGAGAAUGCAAAUUCGUCUUCAGACUCGUGCAAAGACUGUUCUGUCAAGACUGUCUUCCCCUUCUCAAAAGGAGGGGAUAAGUCUACAAGCUUUGGUGAUGCAACUUAUUCUGACAAAAAAGAGGAGAAAAGAAGGGUAGAAGUUACUGAUAUUAGGACAUCUAUAAAAGAACAGGUGGAUGAGAUGGGGAGAGCUAUAUACUCAGGCAAGUCACAAGGUAGUUCUGAACAGAAAAUGAUUGGCAGCUUAAGUUUUCCUAUUCCACCUGAAAAUCAGAAGGAAGAGUUCCCUAGGCUUCCUCCAGUUAAACUCAAGUCAGAUGAUAAGCCCUUGAUCGUUAACUGGGAGGAGAAGUUUGAGCGAGAUGGACCAACUUCAAAACUUGCUGGUGCUGAUAACACUUUGCUUAUUGGUUCAUAUCUAGAUGUACCUAUUGGACAAGAAAUCAAUCCAUCAGGUAUGAGGAGGCCUGCUGGGGGCAGUUGGUUAUCUGUAAGUCAAGGGAUUGCGGAGGAUACUUCUGAUCUUGUAUCGGGUUUUGCAACAGUUGGUGAUGGGUUGAGUGAAUCUGUUGACUAUCCAAAUGAAUACUGGGACUCUGAUGAAUAUGAUGAUGAUGAUGAUGUUGGGUACAUGAGACAACCUAUUGAGGAUGAAGCCUGGUUUUUGGCACAUGAAAUUGAUUACCCCAGUGACAAUGAAAAGGGGACUGGGCUUCGAAGUGUUCCAGAUCCUCAGGAAAGAGGUCCAGCCAAAGAUGAGGAUGAUGAUCAAUCUUUUGCUGAGGAGGAUUCUUACUUCUCUGGAGAGCGAUAUCUUCAGGCAAAUAAUGUGGAACCGGUCACUGCUACCGAUGAUCCUAUUGGUCUAACAGUUACCGAGUAUGGAAGGACUAAUGAUAAUGAUUUAAUGGCUCAAUAUGAUGGACAAUUGAUGGAUGAAGAAGAAUUGAAUCUGAUGUGUGCAGAGCCUGUCUGGCGAGGCUUUGUCCCUCAGACAAAUGAACUCAUCAUGCUAGGCCAUGGGAGGGUUUUGAAUGAUAAUGUAAGAUCACGACUAGACGAUACCUGUAUGGAUGAUGAUCAACAUGGUUCAGUUAGGUCAAUUGGGGUGGGGAUCAACAGUGAUGCUGCAGAUAUUGGCAGUGAAGUGCGUGAAAGUUUGGUUGGUGGUAGUAGUGAAGGAGAUUUAGAAUAUUUCCGUGAUCGUGAUGUUGGGCUUGGGCUUGGUGGUUCCAGACACUCUCAUCAUGAUUUUGAUAAGAAGUCUACCAACAAAUCAAACAAAAACAUGAACAAUGAAAAGAGUGAGUCAAAUAAAUACGUCAUAGGAUGUGAUAACGAUGCUCAGUUGCACGUGAAAACUCAUGGUGAUGGAAACUUCUCAUUUCCCCUAACAUUGAAGGAUGGCCAGAUGAUUCAGGCUGCCUCCAAUAAUCCCCUGUGGUCAAAUAACUGCAAUGUUGAUGAAACUGAUGACUGUCUUAAUGCAUUUGUGGGAACUGAUGACAUGCUUGCUUCGUGGAGGCGGAAGAGCAGUGAUUCAUCACCUAUCAAAAGUUCUAGGGAUGAAAAUCAUGCUAACUUGGUAAGAUCCACAAACUCUUCUCCGACAACAGUCUCAAACUAUGGAUAUUCUGAAAGAGAACAUGUGAAGCUUGAAGAGGAUGUAAAGGCUGGAAUUGUCAGGGAAGAUGAUCUUGGAGCAUCGCUAGAGGAUGAAGAGGCAGUUGCUGUACAAGAACAAGUAAGGCAGAUCAAGGCACAGGAGGAGGAAUUUGAAACCUUCAAUCUAAAGAUUGUGCACAGGAAAAACAGAACUGGCUUUGAGGAGGACAAGAAUUUCCACGUUGUUUUAAAUUCUGUAAUAGCUGGAAGGUAUCAUGUCACAGAAUAUUUGGGAUCUGCUGCAUUUAGCAAGGCUAUACAAGCUCAUGACCUGCAUACAGGCAUGGAUGUUUGUGUUAAAAUUAUAAAGAACAACAAGGACUUUUUUGACCAAAGCCUUGAUGAGAUCAAGCUUCUCAAGUAUGUCAAUAAGCAUGAUCCUGCAGACAAGUAUCACAUUCUUCGAUUAUAUGAUUAUUUCUAUUAUCGAGAACAUUUGUUAAUAGUAUGUGAACUACUUAAAGCCAACUUGUACGAGUUUCAUAAAUUUAAUAGAGAAUCAGGGGGUGAAGUGUACUUUACAAUGCCGAGAUUGCAGUCCAUUACCAUUCAAUGUUUGGAAGCACUUCAGUUUUUGCAUAGCCUUGGACUAAUACACUGCGACUUGAAGCCAGAGAAUAUUUUGGUUAAAAGCUAUAGUAGAUGUGAGGUGAAGGUCAUUGAUCUUGGAAGUAGUUGUUUCGAGACAGAUCACCUUUGCUCUUAUGUUCAGUCAAGGUCCUAUCGUGCUCCUGAGGUUAUUUUGGGUCUUCCAUAUGACAAGAAGAUUGAUAUCUGGUCUCUUGGCUGCAUCUUGGCAGAACUUUGUACUGGCAAUGUUCUUUUCCAAAAUGAUUCACCUGCAACAUUACUUGCUCGGGUGAUUGGGAUCAUUGGUGCAAUUGAUCAAAGUAUGCUUGCAAAAGGACGGGACACAUAUAAGUACUUUACCAAAAAUCACAUGCUUUAUGAACGGAAUCAGGAAACCAACAGGUUAGAAUACUUAAUUCCAAAAAAGACAUCAUUGAGGCAUAGAUUGCCAAUGGGAGAUCAGGGCUUCAUUGACUUUGUUGCUCAUUUGCUCGAGGUCAACCCUAAGAAGCGGCCGUCUGCAUCUGAGGCUCUGAAGCACCCUUGGUUAUCAUACCCUUAUGAACCCAUAUCAUCUUGAAAUAUUUGGAGGGUUCUUUAUGGUGGAUAAUGUCACCUACCCUAAGUUGGGUUAGGUUCAUCGUUCAGAGAGAAAGCCCCACUGAUCGAUCCUCACCGCUUUUCAUUAUCUAUUUUAAAGAUGAAAUGGAAAGAGUUGUGCCCUUUCAUAUUCCUGCGUAAUGCAGUGAAAGGUGUUUUUGGUUUAGUGGGAAAUGUCUCUCUCCUUCCCCUCACCAACUGUAUUCCAGUGAUAAACCAUAUGAUCAAAGGAUGUAAUUUUGCACGAAGGUGUAAUGUUAGGUUUUGCCGUGUUCUGCUGGAAAGGGAAAUCGUAAAGUCUUGUUGUACAUGGUGUGUGAUAAUUCUUUUAGGGUAUUUAGUAAUAUUUUUGUGAAGUAGAUACUCAAUCCAAUUUUUGCAUGAUGUGACACCACAGUUUGGGAGACACCAAUCCAAGAUUAAAGCAAAGCUGCUGACAAUGUGAAUCAUUUAGCACGUGCUUGUGUGGAACUUGAAACUCAAAUUGCCUGUAGUUUCCGCUGGGAGCUAUCAAUUUGUAUCUUGAUAGUGUCAAGGAAGGAACAUUGUUUGGUUUUACUUUUACUAACGAUUUUAGGAAUUUGAUAGCUAAUGGGUAAUAUUAGGGAUAUGAACUGUGGACGACAACAUUAGGCAUUGACAUAUAGUUAUUGUUUUCAUCGGGCAAAAAUUUCAUGUUCCGGCUGAAACUCGUAAUUUUUUGCAACUAGUGUUGUUCUUUAUUGACGUUAUGGUUUGUUAAUACCCCUUAAUUUUUUUGUUGGCUUCAAUCAUUAACAAGUAGUUGUACAUACAAUGUUU